ACAGCUUUUACCUCCCACCCCUCCCCCUACUCAGUCAGCGUAAAGAUGGCGGAGGCUGCGGCUGUUGAACAACAUCGUUUCUUUUGCCACUGCUGUAAGGGAGAAGUGAGCCCUAAAUUGCCGGAAUACAUAUGCCCUAGAUGUGAAUCUGGAUUUAUUGAAGAAGUCACUGAUGACUCCAGUUUCCUUGAAGGAGGUGCCAGUGGGAUCAGUGAUGAGGCUGCCACACAUUUUGCAGAGCUAUGGCAUCUCUUAUUUGUGGAUCGCCCUUUUUCUAUGGAUCCUGACAGAGACUUAACAGAAAGGCAACCGCUGCCCAGCAGUGAAUACUGGACUUCAGGACGUACUACCAGAUUGCAGACGCAGAGGCGAUACCGUUCAAGAGGGACAACUAGGCCUGAUCGAUCUCCAGCAGUUGAAGGGAUAGUACAACAGUUUCUGGCAAGUCUGUUUGCAAACUCUGGGGUACCUGGUUCUCCACCACUGUCAUGGACUGGGAUGCUCCACUCUAACCCUGGGGACUACGCAUGGGGACAAGGUGGUCUUGAUGCUGUUAUAACUCAAUUACUAGGACAGUUUGAGAACACGGGUCCACCUCCAGCAGAGAAGGAGAAGAUUUCGUCACUACCAACAGUACAUGUUUCACAAGAUCAAGUCGAUUCAGGUUUAGAAUGUCCCGUGUGCAAGGAGGAUUACAGACAAGGUGAAGAAGUUCGGCAGUUACCAUGCAAUCACUUUUUUCAUAGCACAUGCAUUGUGCCUUGGUUAGAAAUGCAUGAUACAUGUCCUGUGUGCAGAAAAAGCCUCAGUGGUGAGGACUCCACGCGGCAGUCUUUAGAUGCCACAAGUCUGAACAGUGAAGGAAGACCACAGGAAAGGUGGUCGUUUUAAAGGCCCAUCCACCUUAACUGCUUUUGCCACUCAUAAUGUAAAAAAAAGAAAAGAAAAUUCAGAAUUAUAAAAUACCAGAAUGCAUUUAUGAAAGCAUACUGGAGAUGUAUAGGGCUGUUGUGUUACUGAGACUUACACUAAGCUGGCAGCAUCUACAACCAGCAAUUCAGUCCAAAAAAAAAGAAAAAAAAAAAGUAAAUGCAGCCACAGACUUGGGGUUGAUGUCUUAGUCUGGAAUGCUCGCUUGUAGCUGGAACAUGAAAAGGCCAAACUUUUUAAAGUGGUAGCUGUCUAAUAUGUAUGAUAUAUACUUAAAACAAGGUCUGGCUGGUGGGAAUCCUAGGAAGACUUAUUGAAGUUCCUGCAGUGAAUGAAAGAAGCCUUGAGCUGGAUAAAUUGCUGCCAUUUCUUGUUAGGAUUUUAUUUAUGCAUUUUCUGUAUAAAAAUCACUUUUCUGCAUUCCUGUUUAUCAUCAUAGUUAAAAUCUGAAAGCAUACUUUAUGGACCAAGUAUUGUAACUUUGUUUUAAUAUCAUGGCAUGCUCUCAUGGGGCUAUAUGUCUUGCUUUUGGCAUUUGCUUUCUGGUUUUCAUUCCAUCUAAGCUCCUACUGUGUAAAAAUUAUCAUCCUAACUAAUUUUAAAUAUUUUCCCUUUGAAAUUAUGGUUUCAAUUAUAAUCUCUCCAUACACUGAGAAGGAAAGAAGAUAUUUUCUGUUUGUGUGUAUAAUAUGCAUCUUUUACACCCUAUGUACUGGGACAUUUAACCAAUAGGAUGAAUUUUAAAGGGUGUAAAAUCAGAAUGCUGCUUCUGAAAUACUGAAGAUACCAGAAUGGGGUUUCCAUAAUCCAGAGCUAGUUUGUAAACCAUCAGCCUAGUAUCUUUUUUUUUUUUUUUAAUGUUGCGUUGUCUUUGCUUCUCUUCAUUGAGGUAGGAAUGUUAUACAUAGGUAGGCGGAUGAUGUUACUGACACAGGACUUCUUCCUAUAAAGAAUGUGUUUGUAACAGCUCUUUCAUUGAAAGUAAUUGUAAAACUAACAUCACUAAAACUUAAGAAAAAAUUCCUUCAAAUUAUAUUGGAAAUAAAACCAGAUUAUUCACUUGUUCCAAUUAAAAUUAUGAUUUCUUGGUCUUGACAAAUAAUAUCUUUGUGUCUUGUAUUGCUGACACUUUUCUUUGAAAAAGUAUGCUAUAGUUAAUGCUAAUAACCUUUUUCCUUUUAAUGGAGAAUGGCACAAAUGCCAUAAUAAAUUAUUCAAGAAGGUGUUUAAGUAAUAGUUAACACGGAAGAAAUUAAACCUUAUUAUAAAUUGGUCUUGUAUAAACCGUUAUUUAUCAGUGUCAUUAAAUGCCCUGCUUCUGUUUUAGUAAAGGUAUGGUAUUUUAAGCUACUAGUUAUAUUAAAAAGGUCUGACAGAAUGAUUAAGUAGUUAGCAGAUAUGCUAGUUGGCUUUUCUUAGGACAAUAGAAAAAUUUUACUUCCCUUAGCAAUAGCAGUAUAUUUCCAUUAAGCAAAUGUCUGUCCCCUAAAUGCACAAUUGGUUAACGUUAUACAUGUUCUCUUAAAAACAUUAUUUAGUAAUAACUUACCUCUGUUUUUUUUUCUGUUAAGUCACUUACUUAUGUACAGUGCUGUGAUUUUGUUAUACUGAAUGUUAAAUUUGAUCAUUAUCUGUCAUAUUCUUUGUCAGGAGCAUCCCAACCACCCAGAAAAGACAAGAAACCCAUAAUUCUUUUUCUUUAAUGUUUGGCUUUUAGAUUAUAUUGACAUUGCCAGCAGUGUAUUGCUCCUAGUAUUAUUAAAAAAAAAAAAAAAAAUUGCAGUCCUUUGUACCUUUCACUCUGUUUGGCUAUAAAAGGAACAUGCCAACAUGCAGGCUGUUGUCUUUCAUGGCAUUGUGUUGGAUCCUAUUUGUCUCCAUCCUGUUUUCCAGUGGAUUUCUUCUAUCCAUGCAAUUCUUGUAGAAGAAAGAAUCCAACAUACUAUUCUUUUUUUUUUUUUCUUUUCUUUCAGGCAAGGCAUUCAUAAAACCACAAAAAGUACCACAAUUGUUGUGGCCUCUACCAUGUACUUGGCUAGUCAUAGCAAGAAAGCAGCAAUUAAGACAUCUUUUUGUAUUAGUUUUAAUUGUACGUUAUGUAUUCUCAGAUAUUAGAUUUACACCUGGAAGAAACAAGUACCAGCUGGUUUCCUUCUCAUCUAGUUCUAAUCAAGGCAGCAUUUGCCUUUCAGUUUCCAUCUUUGCUAUUAUCAUAUGAUUUAUUUAUUUUGCCAACAUAAUUGGAAAUAUUCAAUCAUCUGUAUUAAUCCUGACUGGCACAGUAUUGCAAUGAUGCUUCUGCCUCAUACAGUAACUCUAGUUUUGCCCCAGCUUAGUUUGUAUUGCAGUAUGCUUCCAUAUUUUACAAACCCAUACAAUAGGUUAAUCCUUAAUUUUUCUAACAUUGUACAUGCUGCUACCAAGAUAGGCCUUGGUUUCUUGUGAAUCUAAAGGAGUAAACUGUUCAGGAAAUUGAAUUGGAUGUAUUUUAACUGUUCAUGGAAGAAAUAAAUAAAUGAAAUUGACAUUUUGCA